GGACCAAACUCGUGCGAGAGGUUGUGAUCAAACAGCACAUCAUGAUGAGUUACAACUCCAAACAUCGGGACAGUGUCAUCAAGGUUGGAUUAGAAUAACUUAGAUUGAUAUUCGACGAAGUCGUAAUUUAGUUGCAAACAUUUUCCACUCUAACAUGUUCCACUCUAACAUGUUCCACUCUAACAUGUUCCACUCUAACAUGUUCCACUUUAACAUGUUCCACUCUAACCAUGUUACACUCUAACCAUGUUCCACUCUAACAUGUUCCACUGUAACAUGUUCCACUCUAACAUGUUCCACUCUAACAUGUUCCACUCUAACAUGUUAUUCUCUCUUUUUUUUUUGUGGCAUCCGUCCGUCAUGAUGUGAUGAUGGUGUAGACUUCGCGGGACGAAAUCACGAGGCCUGGGAGAUAAACUGGUUCCCUAGAAACAGCAUGUGUGGAUGAUACAGCUUAGCUCCAGUAGCGUCGUAGGAGAGACCGCAAUGUUCAUUGAGUUAAUAUCAUACCGCCGACGGGACUCAGUCUUCGGUUUUAUUUUCAGAGUUUGCCUUCUCUUAGAUAAGCUGCCAUCGAAGGUCAAAGAGUCUCAUCCAACCGGGAUUCUGGUGAUGUUUUUGCUUGUCCAGGCUUUUGAACUCUAUUCCACAAAAAUGUGGAAUUGACGUUAUUUAGACGGCGCAGCCAUACAGCUACCACUCUUAACAUGUUCCACAGUAAAAUGUUGCAUUCUAACAUCUUUGACGCAAGGAUUUCCCUAUCUAGCUUGUUCCUCUCUCAAAUGUUCAACUCUAAAAUAGAACAACUGUGUUGUCUUUUAUCUCAGGUUCGGACAGCUUUAGAUGGGAAAAAUUACAAAACUUGGAUGGACGUGUCUGACAUGAGGGGGUCUUCUUUAGAGAAAAUGUCGGAGGCAGUAGAGAACGCUGCAGCCGUGUUGAUCUGCAUGUCCCCCCACUACAAGGAGAGUCCAUAUUGUAAACUGGGUGAGUCUGGUGGCCGUGUUGAUAUGUAUGUCACCCAACUACAAGGAGAGUCCAUAUUGUAAACUGGGUGAGUCUGGUGGCCGUGUUGAUAUGUAAGUCACCCAACUAAAAGGAGAGUCCAUAUUGUAAACUGGGUGAGUCUGGUGGCCGUGUUGAUAUGUAUGUCACCCAAAUAAAAGGAGAGUCCAUAUUGUAAACUGGGUGAGUCUGGUGGCCGUGUUGAUAUGUAUGUCACCCAACUACAAGGAGCGUCCAUAUUGUAAACUGGGUGAGUCUGGUGGCCGUGUUGAUAUGUAUGUCACCCAACUACAAGGAGAGUCCAUAUUGUAAACUGGGUGAGUCUGGUGGCCGUGUUGAUACGUAUGUCACCCAACUAAAAGGAGAGUCCAUAUUGUAAACUGGGUGAGUCUGGUGGCCGUGUUGAUAUGUAUGUCACCCAACUACAAGGAGAGUCCAUAUUGUAAACUGGGUGAGUCUGGUGGCCGUGUUGAUACGUAUGUCACCCAACUACAAGGAGAGUCCAUAUUGUAAACUGGGUGAGUCUGGUGGCCGUGUUGAUAUGUAUGUCACCCAACUACAAGGAGAGUCCAUAUUGUAAACUGGGUGAGUCUGGUGGCCGUGUUGAUAUGUAUGUCACCCAACUACAAGGAGAGUCCAUAUUGUAAACUGGGUGAGUCUGGUGGCCGUGUUGAUAUGUAUGUCACCCAACUACAAGGAGAGUCCAUAUUGUAAACUGGGUGAGUCUGGUGGCCGUGUUGAUACGUAUGUCACCCAACUACAAGGAGAGUCCAUAUUGUAAACUGGGUGAGUCUGGUGGCCGUGUUGAUAUGUAUGUCACCCAACUACAAGGAGAGUCCAUAUUGUAAACUGGGUGAGUCUGGUGGCCGUGUUGAUCUGCAUGUCCCCCCACUACAAGGAGAGUCCAUAUUGUAAACUGGGUGAGUCUGGUGGCCGUGUUGAUAUGUAUGUCACCCAACUACAAGGUGUGUAGUUUUACCCAGGUAUUAGGAGACUCCAUGUUGUUGGGAUUUCAAGGUGAGGGCUUAUGGAUGAGUUUGUUCCCCAGAUGUAAUGUGUUUGUCAACCGGUUCUAAUGUGUUGGUCACCCAGCUAUAAUAUGUUGGUCAACCGGUUCUAAUGUGUUAGUCACCCAGCUGUUACAUGUUUUUGUCACCCAGCUGUAAUGUUUUGGUGACCCAGCUGUAAUUUGAGUUAUUGUUGCCAUGGUUUCAGUUUAGCAUCGCUGUAUUGAUCACUCAUGUUUAUAUUCUCAAAGAAUUCAGACACAUGUGAACAACAGUUGCGGAUCUACCUAUGAUCCAAUAGAUGUAUGGCCCACACGAUGACCGCUACCCACAACGGAAUUUUUUGUUUGUUAUUGUCCUAUUUAAUCCCCACCCAUAUCAUGACCUAUUUAAUCCCCACCCAUAUCAUGACCUAUUUAAUUCCCACCCAUAUCAUGACCUAUUUAAUCCCCACCCAUAUCAUGACCUAUUUUAGCUCCCACCAUAUCAUGACCUAUUUUAGCUCCCACCAUAUCAUUGACCUAUUUCAACUCUCAAUCAUAUCAUGACCUAUUUUAACUCCAACCCUUAUCAUGUUAUAUUCAACAGAAGCUGAGUACGCAUUCAUGCAGAAAGUGCCAACCAUAUUCCUUCUCAUGGAGGCUGGCUACCAACCCGACGGCUGGCUGGGACUUUUAUUGGGGGCCAAAAUAUUUUACGACUUUUCCGGUAAUUGCAACUCGUCAUGUAACUCUGUAACUGAUCUUGUAACUCAUCGUGUAACCUUGUAACUGAUCGCGUAACAUAUCAUGUAAUCUUAUAACAGAUCAUGUAACUUAUCUUGUAACAUUGUAACUCAUUGUGUAACGUUGCAACUUUGAUCAACUGGAGAUAUUCAGAGAAUUCUAUUUUAUUGUAAAUCAAUUUUGUGUUGGUUACUGAACAUCUCAAUAUGUUCCUUGUCAUAAAAUGUUUUCAUGGCUCGCUUUCCAGGAAAGUAUGACUUUAAUUUGAAGCUGUCCGAGAUGAUGAAGGAAAUCGAAGAAACGUGCGGUGAACACAUCCCGGUAUGCAUUCGAUAGAUUCUACUUGAUAGAUUCUACUUGAUAGAUUCUACUUGAUAGAUUCUACUUACAACCGUUAAACCCAAAUCUAAUGUUAAAUUUAUAUUUUAUUUAAAACUGAAUCCAACAAUAACUCUAGUUGUACUUAGUUAAGUUCCAACUUUCGGCUCAGAGUCAACAAAUGAUGUAUCUCUAAACAUGGCUGCACUGUUGUUGACCGCAAAUAAGCUUUAUUAUUAUUAAUUAUUCUUGAAUAAACCGGAAAAGUUUGGGGAAUCUGUUUUAACCCUUUCCAAUUUGAAAUUUUCCCAAACGUAUCUCCAUUUUAGUAAAUUGUGGACACAUUUCAUUAUGAUAAAUCAUUAGCUCCUCAUAGAUUUAUUUGUAUAACAAACAGUUAUGUUCAGAAACAUUACGCACGAUAUGAAAUUAACACAGCGGAUAUUUUUUUUUUAAAUUUAUUGAAAUGCAAUCAACGUUAAACAUAAUCUAUGACUUAUUAUUUCACUCACUCAAUUCACUCACCACGUUUGACCCCCAAAUAGGAAAUGAAAUCUUGGGGCGCAUUCAGUGGAAUUAAGCUGUUGAUUUGGACGUAAGAUAUCCAUCGAUGCCGCCGCAAUCCAUCAUAUCUCACUCCCUAUUGGAACAGAUCAAUGAGUUUAUUUAGGAAUAGGUGAUCAAGGAGUCAACAAAACUGUAAUAGAUCACAUUGUCCUCUUCACCUCAUCUGUUCACUUCUGCUUAUUGGGAGCUGGCGAAACGUUCAAUACUCUUUGAACAGCUUCUGACUCAGAUUACUCAUUGAUAAGAAAAGUUAUUUUUUUAAAUAGAUUUUUUUGUUAAUAACAUUGCUAUUCGGAGCAAUUUUUUUUAUUCAUCACGCAGCAGUUAAUCUUCUCAAUUAAUUAUAGGCUAACAUUCAUCUGUAGUGACAUAUAGGUGCUAACAUUCAUCUGUAGUGACAUAUAGGUGCUAACAUUCAUCUGUACUGACAUAUAGGUGGUAACAUUCAUCUGUAGUGACAUAUAGGUGCUAACAUUCAACUGUAGCGACAUAUAGGUGCUAACAUUCAUCUGUAGUGACAUAUAGGUGCUAACAUUCAUCUGUAGUGACAUAUAGGUGCUAACAUUCAACUGUAGCGACAUAUAGGUGCUAACAUUCAACUGUAGUGACAUAUAGGUGCUAACAUUCAACUGUAGCGACAUAUAGGUGCUAACAUCCAUCUGUAGUGACAUAUAAGUGCUAACAUUCAACUGUAGCGUUAUAUAGGUGCUAACAUUUAUCUGUAGUGACAUAUAGGUGCUAACAUUCAACUGUAGCGACAUAUAGGUGCUAACAUUCAACUGUAGCGACAUAUAGGUGCUAACAUUCAACUGUAGUGACAUAUAGGUGCUAACAUGCAACUGUAGUGACAUAUAGGUGCUAACAUUCAACUGUAGUGACAUAUAGGUGCUAACAUUCAGCUGAAGUGACAUAUAGGUGCUAACAUUCAACUGUAGUGACAUAUAGGUGCUAACACUCAGCUGAAGUUGCAUGUAGGUGCUAAAAUUCAGCUUUAGUGACAUGUAAGUGCUAAAAAUUAUUUAUUUUUUUUAAAUGUCCAACAGAGACAAACCUCCCCACCCGCCAAACCUGUCAAGGCCCCAGAUGUCAAACCAGCCCAGCCCCAACCUGUGUUGACCUCUGAACCUGUCCAGCAGGCUGUCGUGGUCAAGAAGACAACGAAGGAUCCGUUGGGACAGAUUAUAGAGAAGGUUAGACCAGUCUUGAUGCUCACUGAUGUAAGGAAAGGUCAGACCUGUCUUGGUGCUCUUUGAUGUAAUAAAAAAUCAGACUAUUCUUGGUGCUUACUGAUGUAAGGCAAGGUCAGACCAGUCUUGGUGUUAUCAUAAAUGUGCUAGUAGUUUAUGGAUAAACGCCAAUAAAAAUAUUUUUUUCCAGAGCCCUUAUGAUUUAAAACUAAUGUUUAGUAUAUAUUCCCUGUACUUCGCUUCAGCUUUCAUAGGUGUUUAAUACUUACUUUCCAACAGUCUUUUUAGCUUUCAUCAGCAUCUACUAUCUACACUCCACACCAUUCUUUCAAACUUUUUUUAAAAUAAAGCUUUCUCGCUUUAAUGUGGACAGACGAUGCAGGCGGAUGCAGCAGAAGGCAAUAAGAUGGAGACCUCAAAUCUAGAAAGGACGGUCAUUGUUCUAGAUGAGGUCCCCGAGACGCCUGACACAAACAAUGACCAACCCAAACUGGCCACAGUUGCAAACACCGUCAAAGUAAGACAUGUUUACGAAUCUGUAGUAUAAUGUUUGUCCUAGUUCCGAUAGACCUAUCAUUGUUUAGCUUUCUGCUUCGUUAUCCCAAAGAAUCUCUUUCGCUUUAUUAAAGGGCACCUCGUCUAUUGAAGAUAGAAGGCGUCAUCGUGUUUACUCCUAUAUGAGUAUUACAACAUGACAGACAUGAAAUCAGGAGGUCGGAAAGCUACGGCCCGCGGGCCAAAUCUGUCCCGUUGCUUCUUUCUUUGCGCCCCCCACCCCGCUUCUUUUAUUUCGUGUCAACGCAUGACACCAGAAGAAGUCUGCGGAGCUCUUCUGUGAACGGUCAUUUCCACGACGUACUUUCGUUGACAACGAAAUAGUGAACUGUUGUAACGUAGAACUUAUUCGACUGAGAUCCAAUUGUUAAAUUAAAUAUUUGAUGAUAUAGCAAAACGAGGUAAUGUAGAAGCUUGAAUUUGAGAACAGGAGCACAGUAAACAACUCAAGCUAUUUCUUGAGUUAUUUGUCAUAUUUUCAUUUGUCCUGUGCGCUGAAGAAGGCUAUAUGCCGAAACGUCCUAAUCUUUUUGUCCUGUUCUCAAAUUCAAGCUUCCACAGACCUAGAUUUGCCAUUUCAUUUACUAGGCUUGAGUGCAGUCCUUUUGUUAUUAAAUAUUUUACCAUGAUAUUCCCUUUGUAAUUUUUUAUCAUGUCGCAUUGUGAGCAAGUUUAUUGCUGAGAAUUGCGUCUUGUUUCAUAAUGCUGCUACCUUUACGUCUUGUUUCAUAAUGCUGCUACCUUUACGUUUUGUGUCUUAAUGCUGCUACCUUUACGUCCAUGCAGAAGGCCAACAAAACAGUUGCAUUCAUGAGUCGUCCAGCUACGUCGGGUGCCAGGAGCAAGGAGAAUAACCCAAAGUAAGUCAUCAUUUCAACACCUUGCACUACCUUACUUUUACUCUGUGCACCAGAUCUUCAAGUGUUGUUAGAAUCACUUGUGCUUUAGUCAUCAUCGAGCACUUCCCAUCCUGUCACUACGAGGAAUCAAAACGUGAGAUUGUCUACUGCAGUCAUCUAUGACGUAAUUCGACACAUUAUCUCAUCUCACGAAAGAAAAUUGUCAAAACAAAAAACCAAGAUACAGUUGUUCAUUGACCUUGUCUACCUGUAGAUGUAUUUAAUUGGGGGGGGGGUGGAAUACACGAUCAAAGCAACUAUCGGUCACCUAUUAUUUCCUUUGCACAGAUCUGCCCUCGUUCCAUUCAUCGCCGAAGAACAGCGGAGAUUUCUCUCAGAGAUUACCCCAAUAGUAAGUACAAUUAAGACUUAUCUCUGUAGGCGAACGUUCAAUGUAAGCACUAACCCGGAAGAAGGCUAUCGCAGCAAGAACUAUUGGUUUUAUUCAUAGUUUAGUUGUGUUAGAUUUCUUUUUUAAUUUGACAAGAUAAAGCGUUGUGCAUGGAUAUGGACAGCUGCAUGGAUAUGGACAGCGUUAAAUAUCAAUCUUUUACAGUGCACCGAGGGAUUAAAGUCUUUGUUGUAGCUUUUAAGGUGGAACUUAAUAUGUAAUAACCCCUGUAAAAGUUUGUAGGAUGUAACUGAAUUGAUUUUUUUUUCAAUCGAUUUCAGUACGUAUGUAAAUACAACCCAAACGUUUAACUUAAUCUUUCUUUAAUCAAAUUUAUCAAAUUUAACAUCGAUUGAUCGAUCGCGAUCGAUCGAUCAAUCCAUCUAUCCAUCUAGCCAACCAUCCAUCAAUCCAUCAAUCCAACGAACCAUCCAUCCUUCCAUCCAUCCAUCAAUCAAUCAGUCAAUCCAUACAACGAUCCAUCGAUCGAUCCAUCCAUCCAUGCUUCGAUCCAUCCAUCCUUCCAUGCAUCCAUCGAUCUAUUCAUCCAUCCACCAAUCAAUCCAUCCAACAAUUCAUCGAUCUAUUUAUCUAUCCCCCCCGCCUACUCCCCCCACCCACCCGUCUGUAUGUUUGUCUUUCUCUCUCUAAAUCACACACACACUCUUCUAAUCUUCUACCAACUAUGUUGCCCCACUCUGGUUCCAGCUAUGUUGCCCCACUCUUCUACCAGCUAUGUUGCCCCAUUUUUCUACCAGCUAUGUUGCCCCACUCUUCUACCACGUAGACACAGUUGUUAAUUUUUUUUUUUUAAAUGUUUGUUAACUUUUUAAAACUGAGUCCUCCGAGAAUGCAAGAAUUUUUUUUUGUUAAAUCCAGAAAGCAAACAAAGAACUAUUUUCCUUCAGUGUACUGCAUUUAUUUUACUUCAGGACCUUCAUAAUAGGGUUAGAAAUACCCACAGUAAAUUUCAGGUCAAUCCAACAAAAAUUGUUUAGAAUGUCAUAUUUUGAAAUUAGAUGACAAUGUCGAAAAAUGAAGUUUCCGGGGAAAUUGAAGAGAACGUUAAUUACACUUAUUUCCAGUAAAAAAUAAUGUCGAAUAUCCUCCAGGAGUGUACAUAUUCCUUUCUCUAGCUUCUGUGAGGUCUAAAAAGGCUUUUCUGGUGGCUCUCAGUCUUUUCCUUCUCUUCUGGAUUGUUUCAGGGGCCUUAACGGUAGACGAAUUUAGUCGAAUCUUUUCCUUGGCUAUGCAGCUUUUCUCGGUGAAAUAUCCACGCUUGAUCCCAAAGUGUUUAAAAAAAUUUAAUAUAGAAGAAGUUCUAUCUUUAAAAUAUGACACAGCACUAUAGACUGACUCCUCCACUGUUCUUUCGUUCAACAAAAUACUCGUUUGAACAACGAUCCCAUGUGAACUUAUUUAAUCAUUCGUUGUUGUUUGUGACUCUUGCCGUGAAGACAUUCACUGAGCAACUAACUGCUCGUUGGUUAGUUUCUUCUUAUUAUUAUUAUUAGGUCGUUUUUAUAACACAGUACCCCAGCCUAGUGCUAGGCUCACUGCGCUUCAUAAAAAAAUUAGCACUUACAGAAACGUAAACAUUUAAAAACAAGAAUUGGCUCAAUGACGUGUAUAACUGCUUCAGGGAGGUCAUAUUUUUACCUGUAUUUGUCAGGAUGAAGCUUAUAUUUGCACCUGGAAUUGCUAGGGGAAAAUGUAAGAUUAGAUGACUUAUCAGAAGAGCCGACAUGAUGUAGAUCAGCUUUUACAUCAGCCUUAAUUUGAGCCCAAUUAGGGGACGUCCAUAAAGUACGUCAUGCUAUUUUUGACCAUUUUUACCCCCCCCCCCGCUUCCCCCGUCACAAACUGUCACAAAUCUCGGACCCCCCCCCCCCACCCCCCAAAAAAAAUCACACUUUCGAAAAAUUUUGUUUUUAAAAAUGGACACCUAAUUAAAAUUUAAUCUAAAACACACUUCACUAUUAACUGUAUUAAAAUAUAUAAUUUCCACUGAAAAGAACUAUCACAUAAUUAAAAUCACUUUAAUAGUAGAAUAGUUCAUUGUCAACAGCUGUCACAGUUAUUCAUUGAAGCAGUAACUCAAUCUAGAUUGAAUUUGAAAACAAAAAUUGCAAAAAUUAGACUAGAGAAUUAUAUAAUACACCUCAUUUAUCUGCUGCUUUUUCCUUUACAAUAUGUAAGGUCAAGUUUUAGAUAAUCUUCCGAUUAUGCAAUCUUUUUACACAGGAUAAGAAGUAGAUUAGCGAAACUUGACCUCACCCAGUGAUUAAAUAAUACAAAGGACAGUGACAUAAUUAUGCAGCGGACAUCAUAGAAAUAAUAAUACUUCCGGCAUGACGAAAGCAAGGCUAUACAUAAAACAAGGCUUCCCAACAGCAUACUAGCGCUCCUAGCGAGAGGAAUCGUGAACAACUUUGUACCACGCUUCGAGCUUUUGGGGAUGAACCGUGUUUUUCAAAAAAACUUUAUUAUUAUUAUUUUCACAUAAAACUAAUUCAAAUGUUUCCCAAAAUUUUUGAAAAUUUGUUUUAAAGCUAUUAAAUUCUGCUUGAAAAAUAAAUUAGAAAUAAAAAAAAAAAUUAAAAUAAAUGUGUGACGUCACACAUGGUCUGACCCCCCCUCCCCCUGCCACAAACUGGUCACACUUUCUUAACCUCCUCCCCCCACCACCCCCCGAGCGUGACGUAUUUUAUGGACGGCCCCUUAUCUGCAUUCUGCCGGAUGCUGAAACCAAAAUAAUUUUGAAGUGUGUCAGUCUUCUUGAACAGUUGACCUAAUCCAGUGGUUCUCAACCUUUCUAGUGCCGCGACCCUUUAAUACAGUUUAUCUUGUCGUGGCGACCCCCUGCCACACAAUUAUUUUCGUUCUUACUUCAUAGCUGUAAGGAUAUUGUGUUUUCAGAUGGUCUUAGGCGACCCCCUGGGAAAGGGGGGUCGCGACCCACAGGUUGAGAACCGCUGAAUUAUUAAUUAUGCUCUUGAAGUUUAAUUUUUUGGGGUUUAUCAGCCUCGAUAACAGGUCGUUCAUCUUUUUGAACACUGUCAUCAACUGAUCUAGUAUAUUUAUUGCCACAAAACUUUCGUUUUAAUGGUCGAAUACUUCCGGUUAGACUUUUUUUUUUGUUACCCGUGUUUAAAAGAAACAAGCAGAAACUAGAAAUAAACUUAUUACUUGAAUCAAAUUAUAGUUCUCAGAUAAAUCACACAGUGAAAGUAAUCAUAUGUUAGAAUAAGACUUUUUUUUAAAAUUACACCAAUUGCACAGGUUAAUAAAUGUAAACCAAACAUAUAGAGUUAUCUCUCUCAAUUAAUUUGUAUACUUGUUUCCUCUCUGGUUAGUUUAUAAUUAAUUCGCUUUUUAAUUUAAAAUGUUUAGAAUGUGAUUGGUUCAUAGAGUCGUGGUAACCAAUUGUAAAUAAUGAUUGCUAUGGAAAAUGCAUUGCGAGUGGGGUAUAUCAACAUGCAAAAAAUUAAUCUAACUUUUCACAUUUUUUGUUAAAUGACAAGCUCAAUUAGUGGACAAAUGCAUCAUCUUUCUAAAUAUGCACUCAAAUAAAGUUGACAAAUUUCAUAAUUUUAUAACAAUUUUGGGGGCUCUUCUACAUUGCUUUUGACAUAUACAAAUUAAUUCUAAUGGAAAAUUACAUUUGAAGGGCAAUAACAGGGAUAAUUUGAAAUCAGAAUAGUGAAAGCAUUAUUACCUAACUUGAAAUUGAUUAUGCUUUAUAGAUUUUCUGGAUGUUUAGUUGCGCUUUUAGAGUGGGGGUAACUAUUUCAGUAACCGACCAGUCAAAGUGGUUAACUAAAAUAACUAAAGGGAAAGAUAAUAGUCACGCUAUACUCAUUACGCAACUGAAACAUUAUAUGCAGCUUAUUUUCAUAACUAACAUUCAUAUUCUGGAGGAGGGUUAAUUUUACCCUCCUAAGAGCCCCGGCUGGUACUGUGGCAACCUAAUCCACCUGUUGGUGUCUUUCAUAUAACAUCCUCUGAACGAAGGACUCUCCCACCGCUCUGGCCUCCCCAACACCACCCUGACCUCCUCAACGUCACCCUGGCCUCCCCAACGCCACCCUGGCCUCCCAGCACCAAUCUGGCCUCCCCAACGCCACCCUGGUCUCCCAGCACCUCUCUGGCCUCCCCAAUUCCACCCUGGCCUCCCAGAACUACUCUGGCCUCCUCAACGCCACCCUGGCCUCCCAGCACCCCUCUGGCCUCCCCAACGCCACCCUGAUCUCCCAGCCCCUCUCUGGCCCCCCCAAUUCCACCCUGGCCUCCCAGCACCCCUCUGGCCUCCCCAACGCCACCCUGAUCUCCCAGCACCUCUCUGGCCUCCCCAAUUCCACCCUGGCCUCCCAGCACCACCCUGGCCUCCCCAACGCACCCUGGCCUCCCCAGUUCCUACUCUGGCCUCCCCAACGCUACCCUGGCCUCCCAGCACCACUCUGGCCUCCCCAGCGCCACUCUGGCCUCCACAGCGUCGAACUUGAGGCUCGAAGUCAGUAUGUGUUUUUGUCCAGCUUGUUAAAGUAAGAGUUAGUUGCGCAAUGUUCCGUCCACAUUUGGGUCACCGUACUCUGGUGUCGGAUACCCAGUUUCCACUAGGGUUCCGUUCUGCUAGAUCUGGCAUAUUGGCGUGUUCACCAAUGGCUUUCGUACUGUCUGCCGACUGUCCGUACCACUUUUGUACUAAGUCAGCCAGUUUCCUUAGUGACUUCUGCUUCUGGCUGGGGCUGGGAAUCCCCGGAACCCAUUGCCCUUUUACCUUACCUCCGAUUCUCGCUGUCUUAGCCACGUUAUGCAUGAUGGAGUCAAAGAAAUGGGUUUAACCGAUAGGUACUCCCGUAUUCAAGAGCUUAAGAGCAGAUCUUGAUUUGGAGAAAAAUACCACGUGGAGUCUCACAAGAUCCCACUCUUAAAGCGUACUUUUGCACACUGCCUUAGUGCCUCGUGUAUAGCAUCCAGCUCUGCGUGUAGAAGUUCGACGCUGUGGUCCCACGGGGCCCUGAAAUUCCCUUUUACUCAUUUGACUGCUAAAACUACAAUUGCUGAAAUUCUUAUUUCUAAUUCCAUUCCUCCAUUUUUUUGGUUCAACAGUAGGACCACUUAGCCUAACAUAGGACCUAGGACACUUUUCCUUAGGACCCUUUACCCUAAAAUCCCUCAAACCCAGGACCUCUAACCCUUGGAUCCCUCGUCCCAAGGUCAUCAAACGACUCAUUGCAAUCAUUCUACUCUUGCAUAAAUUAAUAUUUUUACCGACUCUUCCAGGCCUCCAACUACCACUAUAAGUUUCUGAUGUCCGGCAAAGUGACCACCGACAGCCUAAAGAUACAGGACAGUGUGGAGAUUUCCCUGGACAGCCAGUACUGCAACCGCCAUGGCAUCUACGGAUGUGUCAAAUGUGGACUCAGUAAAGUUACGCCGUACGCCAUACAACAGUCCGGCAAAAGGAGAAAAUCCGUCCGUUGAUAGUUUCCCAAAACACAUCACUUAAUACUGACCCACUUAUCAUCACCUGAUAAGUGUAGAUAUAUAUAUAUAUUGAUUAUUUUAUGUUCUGUUGAAAAUGUUAAUAAUAAACUUAGCUAUUUGCUAAAAUUACAUAAAAAAUGUAUCUUUUUUAAUGUUAAUAACAUUUAAGUAAAUUGUAAUAUUGUACGUCAAAAUUCAACUUGUGCUAGUGAUGUCUAAACCGACAGUGGAUUAGUUUCAUUUCCGAUAUAUUUUUAAAAUCCUUUCUAUUAUUACUGAUUUAUCAGAAACCGCCUUUGAUUUUAUUUACCUGUGUCAAUACCAGUCAACUUUAUUUAUGAACUAUAAAAUAGCACGAAGUACACUGCUACCUGUAUUUCAUUAUAAUUCAUACCAAAGAACUACACUGCUACCAGUAAUUCGAACCAAUGAAGCACACUCCUACCAGUUAUUCGAACCAUUGAAGUACACUGCUACCAGUAAUUCGAACCAAUGAAGCACACUGCUACCAGUAAUUCGAACCAAUGAAGUACACUGCUACCAGUAAUUCGAACCAAUGAAGCACACUGCUACCAGUAAUUCGAACCAAUGAAGCACACUGCUACCAGUAAUUCGAACCAAUGAAGUACACUGCUACCAGUAAUUCAAACCAAUGAAGUACACUGCUACCAGUAAUUCGAACCAAAGAACUACAAUGCUACCAGUAAUUCGAACCAAACAUCUUCACUGUGUUCCGUUUUAAAGCACGGGAACACUGGGCACAACCUCACAGCCUCACGCCUUUAGGGGAUCUUACGCCUCUAUGGGACCUCAUGCCUCUAUGGGACCUCAUGCCUCUAUGGGACCUCAUGCCUCUAUGGGACCUCACGCCUCUAUGGGACCUCAUGCCUCUAUGGGACCUCAUGCCUCUAUGGGACCUCAUGCCUCAUGAUGGGAUCUUGUGUGAUGUGAUAUAACCCCUCUGAGAUGGUGUCAUCUUGUGCGAUUUCAUGUCACCUCUCUGAGAUGGUGUCAUCUGUGCGAUUUGAUGUAACCCCUUUGAGAUGGUGUCAUCAAUGGGACCUCAUGCCUCUAUGGGACCUCAUGCCUCUAUGGGACCUCAUGCCUCUAUGGGACCUCAUGCCUCUAUGGGACCUCAUGCCUCUAUGGGACCUCAUGCCUCUAUGGGACCUCAUGCCUCUAGGGGAAUUUAUGCUGCGAAAAUUUUUAAUGAAUAUUGAAAUAUUGUUUGGCAAUUCAAUUUGCCUUCAUAAUGCUUUCAUAACGGAAGACCGUGUAGACCGUUUCUCCAGUUUUUUAGAACACGUUUUUUAAUUUUCACAUUUUAACAAUUUUUGUUCUAGUUUAAGAAAAAGUUGCUUUCGGUAAAUUAUCAGUUUGUUGUUUUUUAAAAUUAUUUUUGGUUUUUGGGAGUUGACUGGAAGGAAACUAGCAAAAUGCCCCAUAAUUUUUUUUAGCAAUUUAAAAAAAAUAAAUAAUAGUAGUUAUAAAUUCAAAAUUAGUUUUUUUACGUUACUGCAUUUGUUUUGUUUAGAAAUAUAUCCUGCAUCAUCUUCCCUCGGAUUAAUCACAUGUUAAAAAAUAGAUGACGACUUUCGUAAAUAUGUUCUACCUUUUUUCAUACCAUCUAUAUAAAAUUUAUUU